UAUACCAAUUAUUAUAAUUAAAAUCUUGGAAAUUGUGAAAUUGAAAAUUUCAAUCAUCUCAUAUGAGAAAAGGAUUUCGUUCUUGUUAAAAUUGAAAUAUUUAUUUUUAUUUAUUGUACUAUUUUUUAUUUUCUAAAUUACAUUUAACAUUAAUAUCGUCAGAAUUAAGAUUUUGAGAAUUUUGUACUUUCCCUAUAUCGUAAUUUUCUUUAGAAAAGCUUAAUUUCAUCGCGAUUGUACGUAAGUACAUAUGUAUAAACUAUAUUCUUUCGUAUCUCCACUAUAUGAAUAGUUUUUUACAAAAGAGGAAAUUCCAAACAUUCAUGAACUUGAUUGUAUACUGAUGAUGAUUUUGAAAUUGAUAAAGCAUAAUUUCCCUGAUUUCAUUUUGUAGGGGAAGUCGAUAAUUGUAUAGAUACGUUACGUUUCUGAAAUGUAAUACAAUCAAUUUUUUUGUUGACAUUUAUAUCGGGGUAGGCUGAUGAAGAAAGAAGUCAUAAAAGAACAUACAUAGUUAUCUUUGUUCCUUGUUACUAUUGUCAUAUUGAUUAGUCCUGAUUACUUAGAGUAGGGAGACAGGACAAAGAGUAUAGUCAGAAAAGUUCUGGUUAUAAGUUAAGAAUUAAAGAUACUACAUAUAAGAAAAUUACGAUAUUUUAUAGUGGAAAUAUCUUUUUCCGUAAGGAUCGGAACAGACGAAUAUAAAAAUGUCUAGUUGAAAUAAUUACAUACUUUUGACACGGCAAGCGGCAAUGGUAGGUAAGUAAUAUAAUAAAUAAUUGUUAUUGAUAAAAAUGUUUUCUCAUUAAUUGCCAUGUAGAGAAAUUAUUAUUUCCGUUUGUGAGUAUUAAAUGAAUUAGUAGGCUUUGAAUAAAUAUGGUAAAUCAUCGCAAAACAAAGUCACAAAAAAAAUGUUUCUCUUUGUCCGAAAAAAGAUUGUUAAUAAAUGAGGCGAUGGUUCACGUAAAAAAUGAAAGUUAUUAUAAAGCGUUGUUCCUCUAUAAUCAAGUAAGUUAUAACCAUUAUCAUUAAUUAAUAUUACACAAAGAAUUAUUUUUAUUUUGCGUACAGUAAAAUUUUGUAUCGUAUAUUGUAUGUUUUAAUAAAUCGUUGAACCUUAUUAAUACAAUAAUCUGAUUCAAUUAAUUUUUAUAUAAAAAAUCUUGGCAUUUCCAUUAAAAUUACCCCCUUCCAAUUACACUUAGUUAAUCCUCUUAUACAAUACAUACAUAUGUAAGUAUUUACAUGUAUAAUACAAUGCAGAAAUUGUGAUGACCCUCCCAUAGCACUUGCACAUAUGGGAAAAAACGAUGGCCUUGAAAACUCUUACAAAAAGACAUUCUUUGCAGUGUAUUCCUCCUUUGAUACCAUUCCAAUUUAAUGCAACAUAUUUUUUUUAAUUCUAAGACCUGAAGGACAUAUUAAGGACUACUUUUGGACGAACCAUUAAGAACGGACCCUGUAGAGUACCAUUAAUGAAUUGAACUUCCCACACACAUAGCACAGUUUCGCUUAACAGACUGUUUAGAAUAAUGUAGUUUACGUAAAAUCAAAAGUUCUCAUGUGCUAAAUUUGCCCGCGUUGUUGACUGUUUCUAAGGAAACAAACCGUCUGGCAGAGGUGUCGAUAAUCACACGUCUUUUCCACACGCAAAGCAUACAAAAGUACCUUACAGUCGUGUGAAGAAAACGGAACAAGUGUUCCUCCUUUUUGAUUUCUACUUUAAAAAAAGCAUUAGUGCUCUUCUUAAUUUAUGAACAUUAAAUUGAAUUUAAAUUUAAAUUUAAAUUAAAAGAAAAAAACAAUUAAAAACGUAAAAACAAAUUGGAACGAUGAGUGAACUAAUAUUAGAAUCCACGAAUACCACGGACGCUAUUAAUUUUAAAAUUAUGAGUAUAUUGAAUCCAACUCUUCAUCAUCAUGAUCUUUUGCAAAGUUACGUGCGUGCACCUGUUGAAGGUUCUUCGAAUUCAAAGCAAUCUGAAGAACCAGAAAAUUUAAAUGAACAUUCUUCUUCCUCUUUGGAUACCUGUCUUGUCAGGGGAUCUCCUGAAGACAUCAAUGAAGGUAGUCUAAUUAGCGACAAGAAGAAGAGGAAAAAGAAGAAGAAGAAGAAGAGGAACGACAAUAAACAAGAAAAUAGAAACUCUAACAAAUUAUCUGUUGAAUCGGAAAUGAAAAUUCAAAAGAAAAAGAAAUGACGCCGACAGGAUAAUGGUACUCGUCGUCACGAAGAAGUAUAUACGGAUAAAGAUCGAGCUGCAGCGGUAAAUAUGGGUACCAAAGACAUCAAGCAAUCAUUGAAAAUGAAACAAAAGCACGAUAGAAAUUUGAAAUUUCCCGAAGAUACUGAACCGACCGCAGUAUUGGCCUUAGGAAUACGUGAGAUGCGUCUCGGUGAUAUGAAAGUCGCAAUGAAUUGUAUUAAUAAGGCAUUGGAGCUUGAACCAAACGACAAGAACGCUUUAAUAGCACGGAGUAAAUGCCAUCUUCUCAUAGGCGAGCCUGAUAAAGCAUUGCAAGACGCCGAAAGUGCACUACAACAUAAAAUGAAAAAUGUUAAUAUGGCUAAAGCGAUACAUUGUAAAGCAGAAGCUUUGUACCAUCUUGGUGAUUUUGAAAUGAGUCUCGUGUAUUAUUAUCGUGGAAUGAGAAUUCGUCCAGAAUAUUUACAAUUUCGUCUCGGUGUUCAAAAAGCGAAAAACGCGAUACAAAAUGUACUGCGUAAAGAUUAAGAAAAUAAUAAAAUAAUUCAUAAAAAUAAUUAAUUAUGUGUUACAUGUAUAAUAUAAUCAGGUAAAA